AUGACAGAAGUGUCGGAAUUAACAGAGGAAUUGACAAUUUCAAAAACUGUCCAAGACACUUUUGGCGGAACCUCGGAGGUUUGUGAAGUCCAAGGAGAGGGUAUAAAAGUUCAAGAACAGAGUGAGAAUAAUGGCUGGGGAGAAGAAUCUAUGCCAGCAGGGGAUGGGUGGGGAGAGGUAUCGUCAACAAUAGGAGGUGGAUGGGGAGAAAAUGUAGCAAUUGAAGAAAAUACAAAUGUGAAUGAUGAUUAUUGGGGAGGAGGCUCUAGUACUGAGAAUUUAGAUAACUUGUUGGCUCCGGAAGAAACUAUCGAGAGCUUUCAAGAUAAUUCAACAACUUACGGUGGAAAGGUACAAGAUAACAAUAAUAAAGGAAGAGGAAGAGAAUCGCCACAAAGAAAUUGGGAUAACUUUGAGCGUAAUUCCAGUGGAGGAUCAGAUUAUCGAGGAUAUGGACAGAGAGAUUUUUCGAAUGGUGGUGGUGGCUAUAGAUAUAAUUACUACAGCCCUGAACAAAGUCCCAAGGAAAGAAAACCCGGAAGUUUAUAUGAGAGCAUACAUGCACCUAAAAGAGGAUCAGCUCCAUAUGUUAAUGAGAACCGAGUAAAAUCAGGUGGUGUUUCUCGGUUAGUUGAAGAAGAGGAAGAAAGGUUUCGUAAAGAGGAAGAUGAAAGAAAUAAAAGAGAUUUAGAAGAUUAUGAAAGACAAAAGAUGAUACUUCAAGAAGAAGAAGAAAUAAGAAAGAGACGCGAAUUACAAAAAAAAAAAUUACAAGAAGAAACCUACAUGGAACAUGCAGGACAAAGACACAAUGAUAAUGAUGACGAACAAGGGAAUGUCACAAGAAAUUCAUCACGCGGAGACGGGAAAAGGGGGCGAGGGCGUGGCAGAAGUGAACGAGGUGCUAGUAAAAGAGAUGAUGGUGGUGGAUCUAGACGAUACAGUGAUCAAUCAAAGGAAUUUUCAAGCAAUUUAAAUGAGGAUAAGAGGUUCGGCGAUGGCAAUAGUUGGGCUGAGCAGCAAGAACAACAUAUUGCGGAUAAUACUGGUAAUAUUUGGAAUGAAAACAAUAAUGAGAAUAACGAAUUGGACUCCAAUAAUUUGGAAAAUAAAGAAGAUUGCAUGAAAAAUGCAUCUUGUGAUGUCGAAAUUACAAAAUCCAAUCAACAAGAAAAUUAUUGGGAUGAGGGUACAGAAACCAAUCAUCAAGAUGAUUAUUGGGGAUCAGAUUCAUGA